GUUUUACAUUUCGUAAGCGUUCGUUCACCCACUCGCAUUUCGACAUCCGAAACAAAGGUCUUGUCCGAAUCAACUCUUCGAUCUUUAGGUUCAGAUUUUAUCCAUGGAAUCGUCUAGUCAGUAAGGUUUUUCCCUCUCGAAAAAUCCAUCAAGCAAGCAGUUUUCUCGUAUUUGAUUCGUUACCUACCGGAGAUGGCGACUGUGAACCCGUUCGAUCUCUUAGGAGUUGACGCUGAGGAUCCAAGCCAGAUCGCUGUGGCUUUGCCCAAGAAGGUCGAGAAAGCAGCUCCUUUGUUGCCUGCUAAGUUACAAUCCAAGCAGGCUCCUCCUUCUCAAGCUGUGAAGGGGGAGUCAAGGAAUGCUCCUUCAGGAGGUCGUGGGCCGCCUCGUGGUUCAUUUAACCCGGGAGGAAACAGACCUUACGAUCCAAAGGAUGGACCAAAGGAUGGUGAGAGGAACGGUGGGUUCCGUGGAUACCGCGAAAGUGGUGGUCGUGGAGGUCAAGUUGGUGGAUUUGCCAAUGGUAGAACAGGUGAUGUGGAACAACGCCCAAAGAGGGUCUAUGACCGCCAUAGCAGAACAGGUCGUAGUAAUGACCUGAAACGUGAGGGUGCUGGUCGUGGAAACUGGGGUACUACUGAAGAUGACACCACACCACCAACCGAGGAACCGACAACAGAGGUUGAGAAGAGCCCUGUUGCUGAGAAUGAAGGUGGUGAGGAUGACACCACUGCUGCAAAGAAAGACUCUCCUGCGGCUGAGCAAGAGGAGAAAGAACCUGAAGACAAGGAAAUGACACUGGAAGAGUAUGAGAAAAUUCUGGAGGAGAAGAAGAAAGCUCUGCAGGCCACAAAGGUUGAGGAGAGGAAAGUUGACACCAAAGUGUUUGAGUCUAUGCAACAGCUCUCUAACAAGAAGACCAAUGAUGAGGAAAUCUUCAUUAAGCUGGGAUCCGACAAGGACAAACGCAAAGAUGCUGCUGAGAAAGAAGAGAAGACCAAGAAGUCGUUGAGCAUUAACGAGUUUUUGAAGCCGGCUGAUGGGGAGAGAUACAACAACCCCAGAGGUGGAUACCGUGGAAGAGGAGGUCGCGGUGGUGGUCGUGGACAGAGAAAUGGAGGAAACCAAAGGCAUGGAGGAGCACCUGCUCCGGCAAUUGGAGACAGUGCUCAGUUCCCAUCGUUGGGCAAGUGAAGACCCCUGUUGGUCCUUGAGCCUCUAUCAAUCUCUACGCUUUCUUUAGUUUAAUAUUUGUUCUUAGUUCAUUUUUGUUGCACUUUCUCCACAAAACAAGUUUAGAAGGCUUUUAAAUUAUGAUGGAAAUACAAUAUUAGAGGAUUAUCUAUCUGAUCUUGUUAGUUUUA